AUGCCGUCAGCAAUUCCCAAGCCCCCGGGGGUCUUCCUCCUCGGCAACCUCUUCGACGUGAACUCUGGCAACCCCUGGAUGUCAUUCAACAAACUUUCGACCAAGUAUCGUCCCAUUUGUAAAGUCACCAUUCUCGGCCACGACAUUGUUCUGGUCACCGGCGCCGCCCUCCUGGAAGAAAUUUGCGACGAAAAGCGCUUCCGAAAAUGUGUCAACGGGCCCAUCGUCGAGAUUCGACAGGCAGUCCACUCGAGUCUAUUCACAGCCUUCCAUAGUGAAAUGGAUUCUUGGGGCGUCGCCCAUCGCAUCAUGGCGCCCCUUGUCACCCCGGAAGCCGUCGCGCAAGUCUUCACGGACAUGCGCGAGGUAUCGAACGAUCUGAUCAGGAAGUGGACCGCUGGACCGCGCCAGCGCGUCAAUGUCACCGACGACCUGGAUCGUCUUAAUCAUGCCGCGAACAUGCUGUGUUUCUUCGACCAACGACUGCACUGCCUAGAAGGUCCAGAGCCGACGCUCAUCAAGGCCAUGGAGGGCGCUACCACCGAAGCUGUCCGACGCCCUAGCCGCCCGAAGUUCCUCAACUGGCUCCUCUAUCAGCGCAAGUUCGACAACUUCAACAAAGCUUUGCGCGAUUACUCAGCCGACUGCAUCGCACAUCGGCGCGCCAACCCGUCCGCCAAGAAAGAUAUGCUACACGCGAUCAUCGAGGGCACAGAUCCAGAAACAGGAAAGGGACUGGACGACGUCCAACAGAUUGACGAAAUCAUCAACGUCUUUAUCGGCAGCGCAACGGCACCGAACCUUGUUGCGUUCGCCCUUUACUAUCUGAUGAAGAACCCCAAGGAGAUCGCGCGCGCCCGGGAAGAACUGGAUGCUGUCGUUGGAGGACCCGGUGCCCAGAUCGAACACGAGCAUUUGGCAAACCUCCCCUACUGCACUGCCAUUCUCCGCGAAGCCAUGCGUCUCGCCCCUCCAGCCCCUGGCUUCAAUAUCGAAGCCAUCCCAUCCGACGAAGGCCCAGUCUACCUCGCUGGAGGCGAGUACGAAGUUCCGCGUGAUCAACCCCUCAUCGCGAUCCUGUAUGGUGUGAAUCGCGACCCGGCCAUCUUCGAGGAUCCCGAUGCAUUCAAGCCCGAGCGUAUGGUCGGCGAGAAGUACGACCGGUUGCCGUCGAGUGUCAAGAAAGGAUUCGGAAACGGCAAGCGUCACUGUAUUGGGAAGCAGUACGCGUGGGAAUGGUCGUUCUUCACGCUGGUCAGCAUCCUUAAAGAUGUGGAAUUUGAAUUGGCCGACAAGAAAUACGUGACCAACCCGGCGACCGAAAACUACAAUGGCGCGUUCACUGUGAAGCCGCUGGGACUUUUCGCUGUCACAGGGCCCCGACCCCGAGCAGGCUAG